AUGUACAUCCUGGCCUCGCACCUGUACGGGCCUCGCGGACAGGUCAUCCCGCGGCCAACGCCGAAGAAGAUGUACACGUACAAUCAGCUAGCUACUAAGUUUGAUGCCUUCUCAAACGUGAUGGUGCAGAUGGAGGAGGCCUUCCCCUUCAGCAACCAGACACCGCUGCCUGUGGGCAAGCUGCUGGAUGAUUCCAGCACGCCACUAGCCAAUGUCUUUGGCUUUGCCGGCAUACACUUCUUUGCUAUCCCCAGCAACCCGAACGUGGCGGCUCUGGGGGUUAUGAUUGAUGACUGGCUGUUCAAGAUCUGCAACUCGCAGGACAUUAACAGUGUCUUCUGCCAGCUGCCGCUGUUCGAGCCGCCCAUCGACCCGGCUCUGCUGCUGCUACUGGCCAAGGCACUCGAGAUGGCACAGGAGGUGCGAUUGCUGGGCAGUUCACUGUUGGCGACUUGUGAGAAAGGCGACGCUGAGGCACUGAGCGUGCUCUGGUCUAAGCAUGACACCAAUAUGUAG